UCGCUGGGUCUCCACUAACCUCGGCGUUCUGACCUGCAUCGAGUGUUCAGGGAUCCACAGAGAGAUGGGGGUCCACGUGUCCAGAAUCCAGAGUCUGGAGCUGGACAAACUGGGAACCUCAGAGCUGCUGCUUGCUAAGAAUGUUGGGAACUGUAGUUUUAAUGAGAUCAUGGAGGCCAGUCUCCCGUCUGUGUCCUUGAAGCCGACGGCCUCCAGCGACAUGACGGCGAGGAAGGAGUUCAUUAACGCCAAGUACAUGGAGCGGAAGUUCGUCAGGCGCAGCGUCUCCACGGCGAGCAGCAGGCUGCGAGAGGUUUAUGAGGCGGUGCGAUCCAGAGAGCUACUGUCAAUCAUCCAGCUGUACGCAGAGGGGGGGGAGCAGCUGCAGCCCAUACCUGAACCAGCCAAGGAAGCUGGAGAGACGGCGUUACAUUAUUGUGUUCAGACAGCUGAUCAGUCCUCUCUGCACCUGGUCGACUUCCUGGUUCAGAACAGUGGUAACCUGGACGGACAGACGGACGGAGGACACACGGCUCUGCAUUACUGCGUUCUGUACAACAAGCCCCAGUGUGUGAAGCUGCUGCUGAGAGGAAAACCUGACAUCCACAUCACCAAUCAGAGCGGAGAGACAGCGCUGGACAUUGCCCGCAGUCUGAAGAACUCCCAGUGUGAGGAACCGCUGGUGGAGGCGGUUUCUGGCAGGUUUAACCCUCAUGUUCACGUUGAAUACGACUGGAACCUGCGACUGGACGAACUGGACGAGAGCGACGAGGAACUGGACGACAAGCCCAGCCCGGUGAAGAAGGAGCGCUUGCUCCGUCCUCAGAGCUUCUGCCCGUCCUCCAGUCUGUCCUCUCAGGAGAAGCUCUCUCUGCCAGCCUCCUUCGGUCCUCCUCACAGGGACAAGCAGCGCCUCUCCUACGGGCCGUUUGCCAACCCCGUCUACAGCACCUCUUCUGACACUCCUCCGUCCGCCGGGCCCCGACGCCUCGGGACCUCCACUAGCGGCCAGGAGCCAGGGGAAAG